GGUCCCGGCGUCUCAUCCGCAAUAACCGGGUUCCUUGAGCACUUAGCGGUACAGCCCCAGAGCACCACAGGAUGGCCACUUCCUGGCUACUCUGUGCUCACCCAUGUCGCCUCCACCUGGUCGUAAGCCGGGAUUAAGCCGCUGCCCGACACCGACGGGAUCCGGGAGUUGAGGGCGGGAGGGAACUGGAAACUACUGGCGGGAGACGCGGAAGCAGGGCGGUGGGGAGCCGAACCUUGGAGGAGGGGCCUCUGACAGACUCCCUCCCGCCGCCAGGCAUCGCAGGCAGAGUUUUCACACACCUGAAGGAAGAGAAUGUCAAGACGCAGUAGCCGUUUACAAGCUAAGCAGCAGCAGCAACCCCAGCCCAGCCAGACGGAUUCCCCUCCAGAAGCCCAGAUAAUUCAGGCCAAGAAGAGAAAAACAGCCCAGGAUGUCAAAAAAAGAAAAGAGGAGGUCACCAAGAGACAUCAGUAUGAGAUUAGGAAUUGUUGGCCACCUGUAUUAUCUGGAGGGAUCAGUCCUUGUAUAAUCAUUGAAACACCCCACAAAGAAAUAGGAACAAGUGACUUCUCCAGAUUUACAAAUUACAGAUUUAAAAAUCUUUUUAUUAAUCCUUCACCUUUGCCUGAUUUAAGUUGGGGAUGCUCAAAUGAUGUUUGGCUAAACAUGCUAAAAAAAGAGACUAGAUAUGUUCAUGACAAACAUUUUGAAGUUCUGCAUUCUGACCUGGAACCACAGAUGAGGUCAAUACUUCUAGACUGGCUUUUAGAGGUAUGUGAAGUAUACACACUUCAUAGAGAAACAUUUUACCUCGCACAAGACUUUUUUGACAGAUUUAUGUUGACACAAAAAGAUAUAAAUAAAAAUAUGCUUCAGCUCAUUGGGAUUACCUCAUUAUUCAUUGCUUCCAAACUUGAGGAAAUCUAUGCUCCUAAGCUCCAAGAGUUUGCUUAUGUCACUGAUGGUGCCUGCAGUGAAGAGGAUAUCUUAAGAAUGGAACUUAUUAUAUUAAAGGCUUUAAAAUGGGAACUCUGUCCUGUAACAGUCAUCUCCUGGCUAAAUCUCUUCCUCCAAGUUGAUGCUCUUAAAGAUGCUCCUAAAGUUCUUCUACCUCAGUAUUCUCAGGAAAAGUUCAUUCAAAUAGCUCAGCUUUUAGAUCUGUGUAUUCUAGCUAUCGACUCAUUAGAAUUCCAGUACAGAAUCCUGGCUGCCGCUGCCUUGUGCCAUUUUACCUCUAUUGAAGUGGUUAAGAAAGCCUCAGGUUUGGAAUGGGACAACAUUGCUGAAUGUGUAGACUGGAUGGUGCCUUUUGCCAGUGUAGUAAAAAGUACUAGUCCUGUGAAGCUGAAGAUUUUUAAGAAGAUUUCUAUGGAAGACAGACACAAUAUCCAGACACAUACAAAUUAUCUGGCUAUGCUGGAUGAAGUAAAUUAUGUAAACACCUUUCAAAAGGGGGGACAGUUGUCACCAGUGUGCAGUGGAGGCAUUAUGACACCACCGAAGAGCACUGAAAAACCACCAGGAAAAUACUAACGAAGGUUAACUAAGCAAACAAGUUGGAAUUGACCAUUGGUAGAAUUUCCUAGAACUGAACUACUAAAGUUUUCAGGAAAAUAGUGCUAGGACUGUCCUAGCCAAUUCAGAAGUUUCACUGCCAUUCUUCGAUUUUAAAAAACCACUUAAAAUUGGCAUUAAGGAAGAAAUUCCUACAUUAGCUGUUUAAACAGCGGGACUUGUUUACAAAGAUGACUUCAUUCCCAAGGUGACUGGAUAGAAGAUAGCCACGCUUUAUGCCAUAAUUUUUUUUUUUUGAUCCAGUAUUACUGUGUUAUCGUGAUAAACUAAGAAUUUUAUCAUUGGAGUUUUAGACUAGGUAAGUGCCACCUUAAAGGCGACAUUAAUACUUUGAAUCUAGUUUUUAGGUUCUCAAAAUUCAUAUUGUCUUGACUAGUGCAAUUUGGUUUUUGAAAAUAAAAUUUAAACUUGUUUACAAAGA